AUGACGGGCAAAGCGGGCGCGGCGCUGGCCCCCAGCCUGCCCGGCAAGCCCAAGCCCGACGGCGCGGCCGCCGCCCCCGCAGCCCCGCCACUGCCUCCGCCGCCCCCCGCGGCUGGGGUCAAGUCCAACUCUGGGCCCACCCCUCCCCGCUGCACCGGCUUCGGCAUCCAGGAGAUCCUGGGCUUGAACAAGGAGCCGCCGUCGCACCCUCGGGCCGCCCUGGACUCUCUGCCCGCCGGGCACCUGCUGGCGGCCCGCUCCGUACUCAGUCCCGCCGGGGUGGGCGGCGUGGGCAUGGGGCUGCUGGGGGCCAGCGGCAUCCCCGGCUUUUACACCCAGCCCACCUUCUUAGAGGUGCUCUCCGACCCCCAGAGCGUCCACCUGCAGCCCCUGGCCCGGGCCCCCGGGCAGCUGGACAGCAGCCAGACGGCCAGCUCAGAUUCCGAGGAUGUCUCCUCCAGCGACCGAAAAAUGUCCAAAUCCUCCCUAAAUCAGAGCAAGAAACGAAAGAAGAGGCGGCACAGGACAAUCUUCACAUCCUAUCAACUGGAGGAGCUGGAAAAGGCCUUCAAUGAGGCCCACUAUCCUGACGUAUAUGCUAGAGAGAUGUUGGCCAUGAAAACAGAAUUGCCAGAAGACAGGAUACAGGUUUGGUUCCAGAACCGCCGGGCCAAAUGGCGGAAGAGGGAGAAGUGCUGGGGCAGGAGCAGUGUGAUGGCUGAAUACGGGCUCUACGGUGCCAUGGUGCGUCACUCCAUCCCGCUGCCUGAAUCCAUCCUCAAGUCUGCCAAGGAUGGCAUCAUGGAGUCCUGUGCCCCUUGGCUCCUGGGGAUGCACAAAAAGUCUCUGGAGGCAGCGGCUGAGGCGGGGAGGAAGACAGAGGUGGAGCGCCAGGCCCUGCCCAAGCUUGACAAAGGUGACAAAGAAGAAAGGGGUCCUGAUCCCAAAACCACAAUUUCCCAGGAGGAACUGAGAGAAAACAGCAUUGCUGCCCUCAGGGCCAAAGCUCAGGAGCACAGCACCAAAGUCCUGGGGACCAUUGCCGGGGACACCCCAGCCCCAGGCAGGAAGCUGGAGACAGGGGAGGAGGCGGCAGUGGCAGAGGAUGAGAGACAGACGGAGAAGUUGAACUCAUCACAGAAGGAGGAGAAGUUGAUCUAGGGGGAAGAGAGGUGGCAGAAGCCAGCCCCGACAGACACUGUGUCCUC